GUAUUUUUUAUCCUUCCAUUCACAGAAGACUCCUGUAUGCUUAAUCUCAAACUAAACGAAGUGAAACGCUAACCUGCAUUGGCUAUCACAGCGCUUAAAUCUUUUCCCUUAUCGGUAUCCGCAAACUGAAGGUUAAAAGUAUCAAAUCAAUAAACGGUCCGGUGUGCUGGUUCGUUCCCUUUCCUUCCCUUCAGUUCAAUUGCUCAACAGGUUUCGAUUAGAACGAAAAAAAAAAACGAAAAACGGGUCCCGGCAAUAACCUUCCAACCCUGAACUCUGUCACAUUUGCCCUUCGUGUGAUAGAAUUUUAAUAAUCCUGUGACCUUUAAUUCCACCAGAAUAAUAAGAAAUGGAAGAGGUAAAUACAAAGCAGUUGUAAAUUUGUGUAGCAGGACAAUUGUACCGUGUUUAAAAGAAUAUAUAAAUAAUUAUCAGACAAAGCAAUCAAUUAUACAAUAAAACGGCCAGUUUGUGUUUCAAACCGUUUGAAUCUUGAAGUGAUAGUCUUUCCUUCUAUUACACCAAAAGAAAGCUUACAAAUAGUAAUACAAGCGCACAAAAGUUAACCUUUCUUGUCACAAGCAAUUACGUAGAAAACAACCUUCACCAGUACAAGCGACCGGUACAGCUAGCUGCUUGAUGUUGAAUAAUAACACUUUUUGUACUGUUGGCAAAUUUGGUUCCCUCGAAUUUCUUUUCUGAAACUCGCGUGAAUUAACCACUAAAAUCAGAAGGAAGAAGGAAAAAACAAUCGUCACCCGUAAACCUUCACGAGUUUGCACCAACGAGAGUCAAACGAGCACCACUGGUCACAAAUCAAAUCAAACAAUACAAUCCGCACAGUGGCAAACCCACAUCCCACAUCCCCCAAACUAUUCUCAAACUAAAAGCGUCCUAGAGGGCUUUGAGGACUAGGACCACCGCUGUAGUGUGUAGGGAUGGAAUGGAAGGUGAAAGGUGUAGAUUUCGAUUGCCCGAUAAUUACAUGGUUACACACCCGUGAAACGUAGCCGCUCAGAACGGUUUGGAGCUCCACCGUAUUCGGCUUUCCAUGCCAUGCGGAUUAACGUACGAACCACACGACCCCAACCGACCCCAACACCACAAACGAUGUACAGUUUUCGAUGGACUUCUAACCAAUGAUCGAAUCCUUGCCACGUCCAGUAUAACGGUGACUGGCACGUGGAUAGGACCCACGAAGAAAAAUUGUUAGUGGUAAUCGCGCUUGACGCGCUUUCGUGCGAUGUUGCAUUAGUAGCACGUGAGUGAGUGUGCGACUGACCGGGGCAGACAGGAAUACACACGGUAGAAUAAUGAAACGAUAAACGGUUACGCUCACUGAAAGGAUACACACAAUGGGAUGUGGACCAUCAAAUGCAGCUGUGCCGGUAACGGGCGAAGGGGUUUCAACCAUCUCUAAGCUUGUCUAUCCACGACCAGAAGCGUUUGAAAUUCCCCUCGGCGAUUCAGAGCAUCCGGAUAGUCUUAUCAAAAAGCAUCCACCGCGGCGUCUGAAGCGUCUCGAGGAACAGUCCAGCACGACGCCGAGCAUUGAAGAUUUGGAGGAAAAACUAGCGACAGCUGAAACCCGAAGACAACAGUUUCUAGCGAAUCGGUCCCAAAAAACUACCUUCGAUAAAGGGAGCCUGGAUGCGACGGAAAACGAUGCUAGUACAAUCCCUGAGGAGGGCGAAGAUGACCGAUCGGCAGAUGGCGUGCACACAGCCGAACAAGAUGGCGACGACUCGGGCGUGGAACGAUCCGCACCGCCAGAUGGCAACGGUCGCAGAUCAGCAUCGGAAAUGGAGGACGAUGAGUUCGAUCCUCAUCAUCAGCAACAGCUGCACGAUCAACGACGCCGCGGGUCGGACCUCAGCAUCGGGCACCUGACCAGCAUGCGGAUGAAGAUGAACCAAUAGAAAUCAGUUCGACAAUGGUGCAACAAUAACGUACGCCGCGAGGAUAACACGAGUAACGCGCAAAAAACUGUCCCAUUGCACACGAAAGCAAUCAAAAGCUACAAAAAAACGUUCGAAAUAAUAUUGCGUUCUGUUAUUAUUAUACAAUUACUAUAAAAAAUAUUCUAUAUCAUGAAACUAGUCCAUUUUGGUCGUUAAUAAUUUUACACAUUAGUGUUUUUAAUAUACACUAAAGGAAGAGGUUUAAUUAAAACACAUUAUAGAUAUUCUAAUAAAACCAUACCAUAAUUCA